AUGACUACAGAGGAAUUCAAAAGAACUCGGAAGUGGUUUGUUGCAAGAAGAGGCAAACCACACCUCAUGGUUAGUGACAACGCAAAGACGCUCCAGGCACAAAGAAAUGGUUGGAGAGCUUGCACAGCAAUAACAAUCAAUCAAGUGGGUAUUCAACUUGUUGCAGGCCCCUGGUGGCGCCGGUUUUUUGAGCCCCUAAUUGGGGUUAUGAAGUCAGCACUUUCAAAGGUUAUUGAAAAUGCAUUACUCACAUUUGUAGAGCUCAAAGAAACCUUGCUAGAUUUUGAGUGCUUCAUGAACAAUAGGUCACUUACAUACCUUGGUAAAGAAUUUGACAAGCAAGUAAUAACCCCAAACAUUAUUCUUCGUGGAGAACUAGCAACUCUCUUGAAAGAAAACGGAGAUACACUUGAAGAACAAGCAGAUGUUGCAAGGUGGCUGAGGUAA